AUGGACUCUUACAAACCAGAAAAACAACAACGUUUGCAAUUCCGUUUGGUUGCAUGGAUUGUUGAAGAUUGCCAACCUUUAGUAGUUGUGGAGGGACAAAAGUUUCGUGAAUUUUGCUAUGAAAUGGAUCUCCACUUUAAGGUUCCCGGACCUGCAUUAGUUAAAACAACAAUUCAAAAAUCAUUAUCUACAAAUAUUUUUGAUGACGAAUGGCCACUAUUAGGAGAUGAAGAUUCAGAACUGGACUCAUUCGAAUUAGUUCAACAAAAUUUUAGUAUAAAAACAACAACAAAUUUUUAUCCCAACAUUAAUACUAGGCAAACAGAAAAACAAUCAAAUAUAGUAGAACCAAUUCGUGACACCCCGAUUCAAAAAUAUGAACUUUAUCAGCAACGAAAAAAAAAAAUGGUUCAAGAUAAGUUGUCAGAAAUAAUUGAAAUGGCAGCUAAUACUAUUAAUACCCGAACACAAACUGAAAUAGACCGUUUUUAUGAUGGAGAAAGUCAAGUAGAGCAUUUUAUGAAUAAUGAAUUAGAAC